UUUAGUCUCUUUAGUCUGUGCUGCAAACUAUUAAUGUCAAUAUAUGAAAAAAAAAUUUUUGAUUUCAUUUGUAAUUGUUCGAUUAUUUUGAUCUUCAUUCAUUUUUUACAACAUAAUAUUUUAACGGCACCUAAAGCAUUAUUUUAUAUAAUUUCUUCUAUUAUUAUUGGUGAAAAUACUGAAGAUGGAUCCAAUAGCAAUUUUACAAAGCAGGAUAGAACAGUUGGAAGCGAAAUUAGGUUUGACUCCGAAUGCAGAUUUAGACGGCCAACAAGGAGAUUCGGCUACAACAAACUUGUUAAAUGCAGCUCAAGCCAUUAACAGUGCGACUGCUGGUCAUGAGAAGUUAACAGAAGCUAUGCAAAUUGCUACAGAGUUGAAUAAUUAUACUGAUCCGAAUUUCGUAGAAAACAUUCAACAAAACAACAUCCAUAUGCAAGAAGUAUCUGCUGCAGAACCUAUUUUGAGACACCACUGCCAAUGCAUGCAUAGAUGCAAACAAGCAGCACCAGUACUAGAGUCAGAAGCUAUUCAGCAAGUCCCUCAGAUGCAGAAAGUGGUUGAUAAAAUGCAUGCUGCAGCGGCCGAGGUUAAAGCUGAAGCAGAUUCGGUAUCGUUGGGAGUGCAACAAUUAGCAGAAACAUGUGGUGCAGCUGCAUCUAAUGCUUCCGAGCAACUUACAAAUGUGGCACAGAAAGUGGAACAAGUUGAGCAAAAGAUGUUUCCCAAAAGGAGAAAUGGACUUGACUAAGUAUAUAUGAGUCUUGUCCUUUUUGGUGCUUCAUUUAAUUUCGUUGUGAUUUAAUUAUUAUUAUUACAGCUUUACUAAAUUAUUUUGUAUUAUUAAAAAAUUAAAUAGUAUAUUAUGUACUUA